AUGCUUGCUCAAAGCCCACCUCAAUCCGCUUUCGUCCAGGAUUCUAGCUUAGGCAAAAGAUUCAAAUUGGGCAUGGACAUGUCGCCAUCCAAGUUUGUCACCCACGCGGCUCGCCCACUGUUAAACGACUUUCAGUCCCUUGACACUCAAAACUUUAGGGGGCAGGUACAGCAGUCUGGUAGUAUGCUGCCAACGUCAUAUAGUGACCCCCGUCUCCUCCUUCAGCCAUCUGCACUUUUCGGGUUUUCUGGAACUUCCAUGGGGGUUCAGAAUUUAUUCCCUUCGGCAUCAACCCCGUCCAUCCCGAGUCUUGUAUCUACAUCUGCCAUCAGCUCGCACACUCUUCCACACCCACUAUCCGUUGACACGGGGUUAUCCGACAUUACGAUCACUACGAAGGACACUUUGUCGUCUGGUUAUUCAUCACCAGCAUCUGGCAGUCGCCCUCAAACCGCAUCCGAUUCUCGUCGCACGAACGGAAUCAUUGGCGGUUCACCAAGGAGUACACCGGUUGAUACCAGCGUAUUCUGCCGUACUUCAGAUCAGGUGGCUCGUCAGCGUACUGCUCAAGCAUGUGAGAAGUGUCGCGAUCGAAAGACCAAGUGCUCUGGAACGCGACCAACGUGCAAGCGCUGUGCAGACCGUGGUCUGAAGUGCGUUUGGGCGCCGGACACGCGCUUGAAAGGGCCAUCCAAUAAACCGAACCAGACCAAGCUAGAGUCAGGAGAUAAUACCGGCGGACCUCUCCCCGCUUUACCCGUUCCCCUGUCUGAACCCAGCUCGUGCGAGCAAUCUCCUCAAUUCAGAGCUGAUGAUACCGUACAAUCUGCACCAGCUACUCAGACAACGUUCCAGUCCACCUCGUUACCAGAGAAAUUGUUUGCGUUGGGGGAACAGAAGCAGUACAAUUCAGGUGGAGGACCAAGGUUAUUCCGUACCACUGGCGCUGUCAGGGGCAUGAACGCACAUCACGUCAUGGGUGAACCGAUCAAGCCAAUUAGCACGGACGACGAUUGCUGGUUCUCUAUCGGGAAUGCAGCAUACGAACCGCCAAGUAUGGAUCGUGACCAAACUAUCAAUCCCUUCAACAGGCGGAACUCCGUAUCGGUUGGCCAUCUUGCGCUCGCACGUAACUCACAUGGUGAACCCAAACCAUUACCACAUGCUCGUUCAUUGGAAUCGUUCGAGACCUUCAACUUGAACAAUGCAUCGCCUGCCCUGUAUUAUACAGGACAGUUCAGUCAUGCUCCAUCCUCUCCUUCGUCAGCCGACUUCGAGUCAUCCGUGCCGUCGUCGGCUACAUCCGACAGUCACCCCUCAAUAAUGCUACCCGCAGUUGCAAAACCACAGGCGGACGAGCACUUGCUUGCUCAGUCCCUCCCCUCAUUCGAUACGAGCGCACAGCUCAACGAGGAGAUGAUGAACAUGCUCAGCUCACCUAUUAUUUCCGAUGGAUACCUCCAUAACGAUGGACUUGACUUCCUUGAUGGGUUUUCCUCGUUGACGUAUUCCAUCAACGAUAGCACAGGAACCAUCGUAAACCAGACUACUCCUCUCGCGCAGCCCAAUCCUGAGGCAGCACAAAAUACGAACGAGUUGUUCUCUCAGUUUUUUAACGCAGAUGCGUUCAACGAGAUGCAGUCUUAG